GCUUAUGUUGAGGCAUAUACUGACCAAGAAGGGCUUAUGUUGAUGCAUUUACUGACCAAGAAGGGCUUAUGUUGAGGCAUUUACUGACCAAAGAGAGCUUAUGUUUGUUCCAUUUACUGAGCAAGAAGGGCUUAAGUAUUUGGCUUUAAUUAAGAAAAUAGAAACAUUGUGUCACUUGAAACGAUCUGUGUCAAAGAGAUGGUGUGGCCUAAUUAACGGUCAUUCUAGACCUGAGCUUAGUGUUACACUGGAGAGGAACUGCUGCCCGCCCAGCUGGAGCUGCCUGCCUGCCUCUCUGCUCUCUCUCUGAUAGACUUAACACGAGGGGAUUGUGUCAAGUGCUUAUGUCCAGGGUGGAUAUAACAAUGGAUGGAACGUUCCAGAUCCUGAGGAAUAUUCAUGUUUUUGAUUUCUGAAAAUGAUUUGUCGAUCUAUUUGAACCCAUGGGAGAGACCUGCAGUAGAGCAACCUAAAACCAGAAGUAGAGAACAGAGAGGAUUUUUAGGUUACUAUCCCACACUUAGGGGAUUCUAGUUUUACGUGUGAUAUUUUGAGUCUGUUAUUAAAAGCUAUAACCGCAUGGCUGAGAAAAAAGAGAACGUCUCCAAGUUUGAGAUGUUGAAACUUCUGGAGAAGUGCAGGAAAGAGAGAGACGAUGCGGUGCACAAGGAGAGUAUUAUGAGGGAGAAGCUGAGACAGUACGAGUCCAGGAUGAGGUCAACGGAGUUGCUGAAACAGAAAUUCAAGACCGUGACUUCGGAAAACAAGGAGCUGCGCAAGCAUGUCAAGACUCUCCGCCAAGAGAUAGGCCUGGAGGCGAGCCCCAAGUUCACCGGCAAAACCACCAAGGACAUCAUCUCUGACAUGCACGAGAAGGAGCGCCAGUGCAGUUUCCUGGUGGAGAAAACGGGUAGACUCAGUUUGACCAUUGAUGAUCUGACAGCAGAGCUGGCAAAUGCUGUCACGUCCAAAACUCUUCUGGAAUAUCAGGUGCAGUCGUUACAGCAGAACCUGAAGGACAUGACGAAUAAUCAACGCCGUUUGUUGAAACUCUGGGAGGAUAAGAGAUCUCAAAGAGAGCAGCUCACUCUCCCUGCGAUAGGCAUGCCCCAGAGGCCCGGAGAGAAAUCUGUCUCUCACAAGGGAGUACAAACAGAGAUGUCCAUCGAUUCAGCCCAGAAACUCCCACACAACGCGUUUGAGACCAAACCUUCUCCUUCACCACGAUCACGACACCACAAGACAAGGUCUUCUAUAGAUAAACAAGGGGGAUUAACAACACUGGGAAAUGGCCUCCAGCUGGGAAAUGGGAAUCAUCAACAUGAAAAGGAGGAUUUAUUUCACUAUGAAACCAAUGAACACAUACUGUGAGGCUUUAUAACAUACUGUAAGGCUUUAUAACACAUACUGUAAGGCUUUAUAACACAUACUGUAAGGCUUUAUAACAUACUGUAGGGCUUUAUAACAUACUGUAAGGCUUUAUAACACAUACUGUAAGGCUUUAUAACAUACUGUAAGGCUUUAUAACAUACUGUAAGGCUUUAUAACAUACUGUAGGGCUUUAUAACACAUACUGUAAGGCUUUAUAACACAUACUGUAAGGCUUUAUAACACAUACUGUAAGGCUUUAUAACACAUACUGUAGGGCUUUAUAACAUACUGUAAGGCUUUAUAACAUACUGUAAGGCUUUAUAACAUACUGUAAGGCUUUAUAACAUACUAUAAGGCUUUAUAACACAUACUGUAAGGCUUUAUAACACAUACUGUAAGGCUUUAUAACACAUACUGUAAGGCUUUAUAACACAUACUAUAAGGCUUUAUAACAUACUGUAGGGCUUUUUUAACAUACUGUAAGGCUUUAUAACACAUACUGUGAGGCUUUAUAACACACUGUAAGGCUUUAUAACAUACUAUAAGGCUUUAUAACACAUACUGUGAGGCUUUAUAACACAUAC